GCAUUGCUAAUGUCACUGGUUUAGUCGCUCCCAGGGUAAUGUUCUAGGGACAUGGGUCCAAACCUCACUGUGGCAGGUGGAGGCCCUUCAACCCAUCGAGUCUACUUAAUGACGCAAAUUCUGCAGUAAAGCAUCCCACAGAUUCAGUCCUGUCGGAGAGAAGAAAUUCCUCCUCAUCUCUGUCUUAAAUGGGCGACCCCUUGCUCUGAGAUUACACCUCCUGGUCCUCGACUCUCCCACUAGGGGAAAAACAACUUCUCCUGUGCCUAUCAAUAAUGUUACAUGCAUUGAGUGCACUCACGCCCUUCACGUCCUCUUACAAUUGGAGCCGUCCGUUUCAUGUUGCCACUUCCCCGUCGCACCCCCAGGCUAUGAACAAGGACGUGAGGGCCAAAAACCAAGAUGCCGAGAAUCCCGAUGAUGGUUGGCCGCCGCUUUCCCCGAGCCAGGUGCCACACCGUUCUGACAACAGUCGUCCGGCUGGUGAUGGGCAUCAUUUUCCGAACGCCGUGUCAAGCUUCGGGGAGGUGCGAGCUCUCCACCCGGCAGCUAGCCACAUUUUUUGUGUCCAGAAAGAUGCCCUGGAAAUGGGACAAGUGAUACCUUUUGUGGUCGCAAGGGCGGCGGAUGUCUGGAGUCAUCAUCACGUGAAAAUGCCCUUUUCAAACCACAGCAUGCAAACCAAGACCAGGGCAAGAAUGUAUCGUACAGAGAUUAAACGCUGGGAUGUAAUCAAAGGAGUUCUCGGCAAGGCCAAGUUUGAAACCUCGAAGGAUUUGGAGAGUGCUAUUAAAGAGUACAAUCAAAAAUAUGCCCAUCUCUGGAAUUUCUCAGGACUCCACGAAUUCUUCAAGCAGACACAAGGUGCAGAACGAGAGCGCUUACUGUGUUGCGUGCUCCCAGGCAUGGCAAAACUGGCCCUAAGGUUACCAGAGCUUUGCUCCAAGCCCAUCCCGCUCCUGAGGCAAGGAAAUCCCCAGGCCAUCAGCAUGUCCCAGGAGCAAAUCUCCUGCCUCUUGGCAAAUGCUUUCUUCUGCACCUUUCCCCAUCGCAACAGCAUGUACCCCAACUCGGAGUACAGCACAUUCCCGGACAUCAACUUCAGCAGGCUGUUUGGAAACUCUUCGCCGAAGUUGUCUGAAAAGCUGAAGACUAUUUUCUGCUACUUCAGUCAGGUCACAGAAAGCGCAGUUCCCAUCGGACUGGUGACUUUUCAAAGAUGUUGCAUUCCAGAAUCCAUCCAAUGGAAGAGGUCCGAAUACAAGCUGACCCAACUGACGGUCAAAACCGACGGAAGGAUCGAGGAGGACGGACAAGGCAUGCUGCAGGUGGAUUUCGCGUCCCCGUUGGUGGGAGGAGGGGUACUGAGCUCUGGACUGGUCCAGGAAGAGAUCCGGUUCCUCAUCAGCCCGGAACUGAUCGCAGCCCGGCUCUUCACCGAGAGGCUGGAUAAAAGGGAGUGUCUGGUUGUUACUGGCUCGCAACUCUACAGCAAAUACAACGGCUACAGCGACUCAUUUAAAUGGGUGGGAGCCCACAACGACGAAACCCCAAGAGAUUUGUUUCUGAGACGUCAAACAGAAAUAGUGGCCAUCGAUGCCAUUCACUUUAGAGAUCCCACGGAGCAGUACAAACUUCACAAUUUGGACAGGGAGCUGCACAAGGCCUACUGCGGAUUUUCCAAUGCACAUCGAGUGGUACCAUCCUGGACGGAUACUCCCAUCGCCACAGGCAACUGGGGCUGUGGAGCUUUCAGAGGCGACGCAAAGCUUAAAGCUCUCAUUCAGAUCAUGGCUGCUGCCCAGGCACGCAGGGAUGUGACGUACUUCACUUUUGGGGACAUGGGCUUGACAGACAGCCUCCGGGAAAUGCAUACUUUUUUGCGAAACAUGGAUUUCACAGUGGGUAAGUAACAAAACCUGGAACCAGCUAUUCGUUCGGCAUAGUCUACAAUCUUGGGUCCCACAUUACAGGAAAGCUGUGAACGCAUGGGAGAGAGUGCAGAAAACUAUUUACAAGAACGGUUCCUGGGCAAGGAACUCUAGUGACGAGAGGAUAGAUUUGGGGAAGUUGGGGCUCUGCUUCUCAGAGAAGGAGGCUGAGAGGGAGAUAUGAGAGAGGCGUUUCAAAAUCAGGAGCGGGCUGGACAGAGUAGAGAAGGAGAAGCUGUUUCCAUUCAUAGAAGGAGCAAGAACGAGGGGACAGGCAAACGAAGUAAGGGCGAUGUGAAGAGAAUCUUUCUCACCCAGUGAGUGGUUAUGGUGUGGAAUGCACUGCCUGGAAAUGUGGGGGAGGCGUUGGAUGGGGGGCAUUUGGAUAGAAAUUUUGUGCAGGGAGAUGGGGAUCAGGUAGGAGAUGGAGGACUAGGGGGAUUGAACUAAGAUACAAACACAAAAACAGAAAUUGCUGGAAAAGCUCAGCGGGUAUAAUGGGCUGAAUUGCCUAACUCUGCAUGGUACUAAUUCUGUGAUAGUGUCAGGGAUGAGUCAUCUCUUGGCUGAAGGCUGGCAUAUUUACAUACAGCACACCCUACACACAGGCACAGGCAACACAUGCACACAUACAGGCACACUCUCCCGGGCAUACAUGCGUAUACACACGCGCACAUACACACACAGGAGACGCACUUUUCUUGGCUAUACCAAACCAACCUGGAGCAUAAGAAUUAGCCCAUGGGCUGUUUGAUCAUGUGAGGCCUCUCUCUGGGAUGGAGGAGACAAAUCCUGAUGGCAAGCAGUGCACUGAGACCAUGACUUGAAUGUGAUAGAGGGCUGGGGGUAGGGGGGAGGUGGUGGUGGUGGUGUUGUUGCCAGGUUCCAUUGCUUCUUUGCCCACUGUGUUGAGGCUGCUUGUUUGCUUGAAUUGCAGGCAUGGGGAUGGUGGGGUGCAAGGGGAUCCAUUUUUGUGUCUAGGAUCAACCCGAGCUCCUGGACUUUCAUUACUGUACAGAAACACGUGGGUGUGCAUGCAGGCAGACUGGUUAAAGGCUGAAACUUGCACUGGCACGAAGCCCUACAUUGUUGAGCAGUCUGUCUGUGCUUGUGGGAAGGAGGCUAGUGAACCUGCCAGAGAGAUAUUUCACCAGCUGAUUGCAGGUUAUUUGACUAUUGGAAAGCUGCAGCACAGAAUGAUUAGGGAGGCCUGUACUCAUUUAGAAGAAUGAGAGGUGACCUUAUUGAAACAGACAAGAUUCUUAAAGGGACUUGAUGGGAAAUGUGGAGAGGGUGAUUUUCCCUUGUGGGAGGGUCUAGGACCAGAGGGUGUAAUCUCAGAAUAAGGGGACGCCCACUGAAGAUGGAUGAGAACAAAUUUCUUCUGACGGGAGUGAAUCUAUGAGACUCUUUACCGGAGGGUUAGCGGGGCCGGGUUUUGAAGAAUGUUCAAGGGUGAGGUAGAUUCUUAAUCAGGAAGGGAUUAAGAGUUAAGGAUGAUCAAAUCCAUCGUCGAACGGCAGAGCAGACUUGAUGGGCUGAAUGGUCUACUUCUACAGAGAUAGUACGAACUGCAGAUGCUGGAGAAUCUGAGAUAACAAGGUGUAGAG